AUGUUUCUAUAUCGUUGGCGGCGUUUUCGCUAUCAGAGUCGUCGUCAUCGGCGACAAGCUACGGUUGACCAGGAACAAAUGCGACAUGAUAUCUUACCGGCAUUAAAUCAAAUACUGACGACGAACUCAAAUUCAAAACAAGGUGAUAGCGCAUUUUUUCCAGAUGAUUUAUUAAUUUCAAAGGCAUUUGUUGUACAAGCUUGA